GGGGGCGGGGUUAAGAGAAGGCUUAUGUUUUUGUCUGACUAGGAGGAAAUAACUUGGGUUACGGAUUUUCCAGGUUUACACGUGUUGGGGCUGUAAACAUAUAUAAACCGGGUAAAAUGGAGCUGGGUUCAGUCACCUUAAUCCUCGGUUCAGGAUGGCGUUGGUCAGCCUGCAGAUGAUCUCCAUCGGCUCUCUGCUCAUGCACACCGCCUCACCUUCCGCCGUCAGAGGCUCCAGAUGUCUCCGUGAGGAUGCGUUCAAAGACCACUCGGACAAUUUAAUGAGACUCUACGAGAACAAUCUGAGAGUCCUCACGGAGCAGCCGCAGAGGACAUGCGCACAGGCCGCCACAGAGAUGCGCGGGAAGCUGAAGAACCGCGCCCUGUCCCCCUGGACGUACAGACUGAACAAGGACACGGAGAGGAUCCCUGCUGUGAUCGCCUUUGCAGACUGUCUCUGUGAACACUGCAUCCUGAAUGGACAAGAAGACUGGAACUACAACUCAGUGCAAGUGAACACCUCGCUGCUCGUCUUCAGGAGGACUCGCUGUGAAGGAAACCGAUACAGACUGAGUAAAGACUUCAUCACCGUACCUGUGGCCUGCACCUGUGUGGUACCAAACUACAACAAAUAACACAACAUGAUACUUUAACCAAAAGGUCUCUGUGCUGGAGACGCUUAAGCUGUCUUUUCAUGUGCCAUUCGCACAGAUUUGUAAAAUGUUCCGAGGAUUUCUAAAAUGUUCACACAGAUUUGUAAACCAUUCACACAGAUUUGUAAACCAUGGGAACAGGUUUACAAAUGGCUAUGUAUUAAUUUUUUUCCUUCAACCUUGGGGGUCUGCGUACUAUAGGGUAAUAAAUUCCACUACACAAUAAGAAAGUUAAAAAGAAGCUGUGGAAGUGCUUAAAAAAUGCAGUAGUCACAUAAAUUAAGGUAAAAAAUCUACAAAAAAACAACUUAAAAACAGACACACUCUACCCUUGAUUUGCUUUGGAACACUAAAUGAUUAGAAGUGUUCAUUCAAAGGCAUCUCACACAUAAAAGCUCACAUAAAUACAGCCAUGACGUGCUUCUGUUUGAACAGUCUGCUUCUCAUUAAAUAAUUAAAUAAAACCGUAGUGACCAUGCUAAGUCAUUAAAAAAACAUAUUUUCAGUCUGAUUUGCAUUAAAACCACAGGCUGUAUAUUAAGAUGGACGGAGAUACAGCUACCUGUGAGUGAAGCCAAAAUAUUUAGAGCCUCCUCUGCUGACUGGCUGCAGUAUACAUCAUAAGCUCCGCCUCCUCCAUGUUAACAGACAGGACAUUAGUCAAACUAUUAAAUCAAAGUACACGUCAAAUACUUUUUGUCCAACCCCGGAUUCUGUCGUUAUAGUUAGUUCCUAUCAUGCCGACUGAUGUCCAGGUGUUCAUUUCUCAGAGAAGUUUAGUUUCAAAACGUUAGUUGAUGCUAUAAAAAGGGGUAUGACAUCAUGAUUGACUGACAGCUCUCUGGACGAAUGACCGUGAGUAAACGUGAGUAUCUGUUUGGCUGUGGACUGGAAUCGUGACUAAAUCAAACUGUCUAACAGAUAAACUGAUCUCUCAAACAAACUGUCAUUAAACGAUCGAUUUUAAUACUUUAUUAUUUUAACAGCAUUAUUAAAGAUGAGUCCUUCAGUCGUUAGGGACGAAACCUGAAGGGGAAGUUUAAAACUAUGAAUUAUAACAUCACCAAAACAUGCUAAGCUAAGCUAACCGUUGUCCUGUUUAACAGACUCACAUCUGUAGUGUCGAUGUGUCUACAAAACUCGCCACACGACGUGAUGAAGGGAUCAAGCUGUUCCCUGUCACUAUGGGAUAGUAUACAAGCCAACAGAGAAACCAGGUUUCUUUUUCUCUCCUGUGUAUCUCAACAGAGCUUCUACUAAAUGUACAACAUAAUGUACAACUACUGCAUUUUUGUUAAAAAUAAAUAAAAGGUUGGUGACAAAUUUUAAAUAUUAUUAUUUUUUAUUCUUUCAGUAUUUUUUAGUAUUUUAUUUAUCUUAUUAUUUUUAAUUAUUGUAUGUUUUAUUUGACUAUUUUCAUUUUUCAUAUUAUUUUAUUAUGUUUACACUUUCUGAGAAUUUUUUUUUACUGUUUAAAUAAUUUAAUAAGUAAUUUGAAGUAAUUCGUUUAGUUUUAUAUUUUUUAUUACUUUGCUCAGAGGGAACGUAGGAUUAAGGGUUGUCUUUAUAAAGCUGUGAAUGCUGCCCUCUGCUGGAAAAAAGCUUUAAGACAUCUCUAAAUGUGACUCCAUACAUUUUUAUAAAUUUAUUCUAACAUCUUCUUUCUCUUUGGGAUUUUUAACGAGGUAAUGUUUUUUUAGUUUAAAACUGUGAUCCUGAAGUUUGACUUAAAGGAGGAUACUUAACAAACAAGCCUCAUGACUCCUGCACUGUUUCAUCUCAAAUGUUUGUUCAACUUUGUUACUGUUCCUUUUCACAUUUUACAUGAAAUUCUCCCCGAAUUAAAGAGUUUGUCCUGAUUU